CAGGGACCGUCUUAAUUUUGAUUUCGAUUUCGAUUUCUUUUCCCCCAAUUCCUUCUCCCUUCUCUCUCGGUCCACUUAGCUCAAAGCCCAAUUUCUCUCUCUCCCAGUUAAACCCUAGAUCUGAAUCCAUCGCCGGCCCUGAAGCUCCGUCGCUGGGCUUGCAACGCUCAUCGAAGAACUCUUCGUCUUCCUUUUCUCCGUCUUAAUUUCCGCAGGAAUUCUUUCUUCGGGUUGUAAUGGAUACACCUCAUGAAAUGAUGUUAACUCCCUAUGUGGAAAAAACGCCAAACUCUGAUGAAUAUGGUGCGCUGACCAACACAGAACAACAGCCGAGCAAAAGGAGGAAAAAGAAGUCCAUAGUCUGGGAGCACUUUACCAUAGAAAAUGUAAGUGCUGGAUGUAGAAGGGCGUAUUGCAAGCAAUGCAAGCAAAGUUUUGCAUAUAGUACGGGAUCAAAAGUAGCCGGUACUAGUCACCUAAAACGGCAUAUUGCUAAGGGAAUAUGUGCUGCACUUCUACGCAAUCAGGACAAAAGUCAUUUAACGCCAUCGACUCCAGCUUCGAAAGGAAGUGAUCCGCCAAAAAGACGUUAUAGAAGUCCCAACUCAUCUUCUAUCAUGUUUGAUCAGGAACGAUGUUGCCACGAAUUCACUCGGAUGAUUAUUAUGCAUGAUUACCAACCCCACAUGGUUGAAAAUCCUGGAUUUGUAUCUUUUGUACAGAAUAUUCAACCGCGAUUUAAUGUAAGGGAUUUCAACCAUUUCCAAGGGGACUGCAUUGGAACCUACCUAGCAGAAAAGCAAAGUGUCAUCAAAUUAAUUGAGGGUAUUCCAGGGCGCAUCUGUCUUUCGCUGGACAUGUGGACAUCGAGUAAAACUGUCGCUUAUGCUGUAAUAACAGGUCAUUUUGUGGAUAGCGAUUGGAAGCUGCACCGGCGGAUUCUCAGCGUGGUCAUGGAACCAUAUCCUGAUUCUGAUACAGCCCUAAGUCAUGCAGUUUCAGAGUGCCUUUCUGAUUGGAAUUUGGAAGGUAAACUAUUUUCUCUCACCUUUGAUCAUCAUGCCACUGAGUCUGCACUUGGAAAUUUGAGGCCCCUGCUUGCUAUCAAAAACUCCCAUAUCCUGAAUGGCCAAUUUUUGGUUAGUAAAUGUAUUGCACGUACAUUAAGCAGUAUUGCAGAUGAUGUGUUAACUGCGGGAUCGGUCAUUGUUAAGAAAAUUCGGGAUUGCGUAAAGAAUGUGAAGUUGUCUGAGUCUAAUGAAGCAAAGUUUCUUGAGCUCAAAGAACAGCUUCAGGUCCCAACAGAGAGAAGCCUGUGUCUGGACGACCUAACACAAUGGAACACAACUUAUUUUAUGCUGAUUGCUGCACUUGAGCUGAAAGAAGUGUUUUCGUGUCUGGAUAAUUCUGAUCCUGAUUAUAAAGAAGUGCCAACAAGGGAUGAUUGGAUGCAAAUUGAGACUCUUUGCACAUGUUUGAAAGUUCUCUUUGAUGCUGCAAGCAUUCUCAGCACUAUAAGCAACCCAACCGUGAUUACGUUUUUUCACGAAGUAUGGAGGAUUCACUUGGAGCUUGCUCGUGCACUUGCCAGCGAAGACCCAUUCACUUGCAGCCUCUCUCAAAUGAUGCAAGAAAAGAUCAACAAAUAUUGGAAGGAUUGUGGUCUAAUUUUGGCUGCAGCUGUAGUUAUGGAUCCUCGGUUCAAGAUGAAACUUGUAGAGUUUAGUUUCAAUAAACUUUAUGGUGAUGAAGCUCCUGCUUACAUUAAGAUUGUUGACGAUGGGAUCCACGAGCUCUUCCAUGAAUACGUCACACUUCCGUUGCCUCUAACGCCAACUUACGCCGAUGAAGGGAAUGGAGGAAGCAACGUCAAGUCAGAAGGACUUCAGAGUGAAAGUCUUCUGUCAGACAAUGGUCUCACCGAUUUUGAUGUCUUCAUAAUGGAGACUUCGAGCCAGCAAAUGAAAUCCGAACUUGAUCAGUAUUUGGCCGAGUCGCUGCUGCCUCGUGUGCAGGACUUUGACUUAUUAGGCUGGUGGAAGCAAAACAAGAUGAAGUAUCCAACUCUUUCAACAAUGGCUCGUGAUAUUUUAUCAAUACCAGUUUGUACUCUCCCCCCAGAAUCGAUAUUUGAUAUGGAGAUCAAGGAGAUGGAUUCAUAUCGAAGUUCAUUACGACCUGCUACUGUCGAAGCAAUUAUAUGUACACGGGACUGGAUCCAAUCUGAUUUUGCAGAAGUUUCUGAUGCACUUGUAAAAAUGGAAUAUUAGAGCCUAAACCUUAUUGUUUUCUGUGUAUUUAUUAGGCUGUGGAAUCAUCUAUAUCCUUUAAAAUCUCUUGGCCACCAUAGCUUUUGUACUCCAAUUUCUUUACAGGUUGAAUUUGAGGUUGAAGAGAGUUAUUGGUCUCUGUCACCAAUUGAGAGACCAGUUUUAUUGGAAUGAGAUUUUAGCUGGUCUCUGUUCCUUGA